AUGUUUUGUUGUCUUCAUUAUCGUGAGCAACGAGCAGCAGUCAAAAUUCGUCAUCAACUUGCACGUAAUCUAAUCAUUCAGACAUAUAAUAAAAAACCGGCAUUUAUACGUACAUUGUUUUCGCACACAGUCGAGGGUGAAGCAUUACGAACGGCGGUGCGUGCAAUGCAUCGAAACUUAUACAGUUCGGGACUAUUUCGACGAAAGCGUCGUGCAUGUUACUUGAGCACAGGCAAAGAUUUUAUUAGUGUCAUGGAGAAAGAUGGGGCCGUGAUACCGGAUGACGAACAAUGUCGCAAAAACCAAGAAUCACAAGAUAAGGAGAUACUAGAACGAAAACAGAUGGCAUUUCAUUCAAGUCCGGAGUUUACGUAUACUCUAUUACCCGAUGGAGUACUUCAUAUUUCACGAGCAGAUACCUUACUGCGUAAUGUGGUAUCCAAACAUGUUUUACAAGCGUCAUGUGAACCAGAAGUGAUCUAUGCAGGAACGUGUCGAUUCGAAAGGAGAGAUGAAGAAGAAGACAUUGUGUUUGUGAUCGAUAAUGAUUCGGGAACAUAUGCACCGAAAAACGAUAGAGAUGAAUUAGCACGACUGAAAAAUUUACUAGAGUGGAAUUUUCGUGGAUUAAAAGUGGAUGCCAAGACAUAUGUGCCACCUGGAAUGGAUGAUGAUGCUGAUAAACAAAAGGAUACUUGA